GGUUAGGCACGAAAAGGAAGAUAUUUUCGCUUGGCAUCGCGGCGGUCCACUGGCCGCCCCGGGCCGGCUCCGGAGGUGCCAACGCUGUCCCAGCCCCACCCGCGCGGCCUCACCCUCCGGCCCCGCACAUCGGCCGCCUCGCCUGCGCCCUGGACCCCUCUGCCUGCGCCCAGCCCCAGAUGUUAAAGCUCGCAACCGGCGGGAGCAUGGGCCAACCAGAUGUGCUCAGGGCGCAGGGGGCGCGCGCAACCCGCCCUUCCGAUGGGCAGCGCCUCGCCUCCGCCCACCCCGUAGGCGCAGCCGACCCAGCAGCGAUCCCUGCUGCUCCAGUUGUACUCGGCUGCCGGAAACCUACUCUUUAGGGAUCGUCCUUGCAAAAUUGGAGAUCAGAAAAAAGAGGAAGAAGCUUUGAAAAAAAAUGGCUGCGGCCCCUUUAAAAAACCUGUCCGUUUCCUCUUCCUUUUCCUCCCUCCGCCCCUUUGCAACGGAUCGUACCAAAGCACAGUGGGAGAAGAGGGGGCAAAGAACCAUCGGCGCCGAGCAAAGGAAGGAACAAAAGAGGAAAGGACAAAAGAGGGGAGGCCUAAAUGAAUAUCUCUGCUUUCCUUUUUACGGAGGGCAUGACUUCCUGAAGACAAAGAUAAAGGGGGGAUGGCAUCCACUCCUAACAGGAAUGACGAAAAAAGGAGCAGCUGGCUGUCUCAAACUGCAUCCUGCUUGAGUGGAGGGCAGAAGGUUUCAGUAUCUCAUUCUGAAGAAUUCCUGACCCGGAUCAGCAACGAACUUACAGAGGAGGCCUUGUUUAUAGCUGGCUGCCACAUGAACUUUGUGCCCACCAAGGAAAAGCAGACAAGAGACCAAGGGACUCAGAUAUCCAAUCACGUGCUCUUCACCAAGACCGGAGGCACAGACACCUGCUCCAACAGAAACCAUACCCACACUAAGACGUACCACCUGCCAUCCCUUCAUGGAAAGCCCCCCGUGGUCCCAGGAGACUUUUUCUUGCUCACCUUCAAGAAAGAAUCUGGAAGCCUACAGAUCUUUGAACUGUCCUUUGAAUUGUUGGCAUUGUGGCUAAUUGAAAAUGUUAGGAGAGGGAACGGAGCAUGCCUCAGAGCUCCUGUUUCACAACUUUAAAUACUUCAUUGGGGGUGGGACUCCUGGUCAUGAGCAAUGUCACCCUGGAAGUCAAUGUAAUAUUCUGGAUUCAUCGCACAGAUCUCCGUCUUCAGCCAACAAGGAUACCACCAUGAAGAAAAGGCUCUAAUAAAGACACGGGGUUCCUCCCCUUC